AUGGAUCAAAUCGCCUCAUUAGAGUCUGAUAAUCAACGACUCAAAUGCCAUUUGGAAAAUGCACAGGCUGAGUCUACGGCAACAGGGACAGAGAAGGAAACUGCAUCAGUUUCGGAAUUGGUAACGGGACGAGGAGACAAGGAGACCCAAUCUAAACGUCCUCCGUCUCUUCCUAUCAAGCUCAAUUUCUUUCGUUUCUUUUUACUUUUUGGAAGCUUCCUCCGUGAUUCUUGUUGUCGAGGUCGUGUUCUAGGUCGGGCUGGUGAUCUGCAAUUGAUUCGCCUGCUAAAAUCUGGUAUAAUUAACCUAUCUCGAGAAAUUAAAGAAGUACGAGAGGAUAUUCUCUUCCUCGAGGCCUCAAUAGAUGCGCUGUUGGCCAAGUCUCCACGACGGAUGAGUUAUCUCAGCUCUGAGCAGACUACUCUCGAAGAACAAUUAGCUGUCUGUGAACGUAAACUCGAAGAACUAUCUAUAGAAAUGGGCACCACUCAGAAGAUUGAGUCACCACAAGAGCCAAAUAUGCCCUUACACUUAGGGCCUUGUGAAGGAUUAGAAUCCAUUGCAACUGCUAACAAGGGCGAUUCAGAGAAACUGGACAGCCUACUUGCUCUGGAGCAAUUCAGAAGUCUCCUCUAUGAGAGAAAUCACCUCCGAGCUCGUUUGAUCGAACUCAGGGCUGGAUUUGAAGCCAUUUCAAACAAGGAUGAAGAGGAAUUAGUUUAUGGACCACUACCAAAGGAGCCAUUUGAGAAGAUGUAUCCCCAGUUUGCCAGACCAAAAUCGGCCAUCAAAUCUAUGUUAGUUCGGUUAAAUAUCGUUACAAUUAUACUUUAUGCAUUAAAGCUAUCGAUGUUUUUCAAUGCGGAUUUACCUUUUCAUCUACUUUUCGAAGCGUGGUAUAUUGACACAGUAGCAAGUACGUUUUGUUUUCCUUAUUAUCGUCUUGUAGAACUUGUUGGCGCUUGUGUCGGAAUUUUUCUAUUAGCAAUUAUUUACGAGGCAAUGAAAGGAUUUAGAGACCGGCUUCUUGUUCAAAACCUAAGCUCAUUCCCUAUUCUUAAUCGGGCAAACGUUGCCAUUCGCGAUAAUUCUGUCGAAUCACCUGAAUCUGGUGAACAAGUAAAUUUUGAAAAUCCUGUUGUUCCAUUAGUUCAAAAACACCAAUUCGUCUGGCGUAGCUACUUUUCUCUGGAGCACAUUCUGCAAACUAUCCUUCAUGGUGUGCAAUUAUUUAUCUCCUAUCUCCUGAUGUUGGUGUUCAUGACGUACAAUGCGAAGAUUUGUCGUGAUGGGAGAACAGGAGUGUUGUCACUGAUCGAUUACAGCUUUACACCUCCUCGUCUCUUUUUUCACGUAUCUUUUCUAUCAGCCUCCCGUCACAACUUGCUCUACCAAUUGAUUGUCAGUCUUUGUCUUGUGAUCCUUCAGUAG